AUGCGGUCCUCCCCCCUCAGAAACUGCAUUUCCAUUAGCGAGGUCGACGAACACUGGCCAGCCACGCCAUCUAGCUCCCCAGGAAAUUCUUCCGUCGCCUCGGAAGGAGAUGCAAUGGAAGUUGAGAUGACAGAUGAAAUGGAAAUCUAUUCCGCAAAAUUAGUUGCCCUCGCCCAAGCCGCUGAGUGGUAUGCUAGACACUAUCCCUCCGCGGUCGUCAAUAGGAAGCGUAAAUGCCCAUUCGACGAUGGCAACAGACCACGUCUAAGACGGGCAAUGGGAGCUGAUUUUCGGAGACAGAUGCCACGGCAGACGAGAGCCGAAAUGCUCCGGAUUAAAGACAAGAUAGAGCAUAUCAACAGACAGGCACGUAUUGAAACAUUCAUUGAAGAGUGGCGAGAAGAAAAAGGUCACCCUAAUCCCCCAGGAAGUCGUCUUGACAGGAUCUUCAACGAAUCCCAAGCCGGAUACGUCGCCGACUUACGAGAUCUACAGACGCUCCUCCAAACUCUCAAUUACACAGAGAGCACGGCCUACCACGCCUUCUGCGGUCCUCUGAAGAUAGACAGCUAUCGUGUCCAACCGACUCUCCUGCGUCUCGCCUGCGUAGACAACCUCGUCAAAGAACGGCGCAGAUUGUUCGAUACAUACCAUGAGAUUCGUCAAAAUAUGAUUCUUACCAGAGUUACUAACAUCUGCAUCGAACUCGAGCUCGACAUCGAGGAAUACGCAACCCGUAUCCUUGACGUGCGCGAACGCUACAAUCGACGAGCCGCUUACUUUCGACGUCGUGAGAUCAGAGCGCGAGGUGAGCGUGCUCUCAGACGAUUGGAGUAUUACCAGCGUCAAUGGGAGAUUCAAAUGCGAAGACCACCUCAGUUCAGAGCUCAGUUUUCGAUGACUGCCGCGAGGGAUAUAGAUAAUUCUGCUGCACGACUCACGGAAUAUCUUGAGACUUUCUCGCCGCGACAUAGAGAAACUGCGUUGAGGAGGUAUGUGGAGCAAUAUUCUGCUGGGAGUUAUGGUAGUUUUGCUAGGGGGUUAGCGGCGCUGAGGGUUGCGGUUGAUAGGGUGUUGAUGGGUGGGGAGGAGGAUGAUUCGGAUGAUGAAUCGACGUAG